GCGGGUCCCGCGGCUGUCCCAGGGCUCGGCUGGUGCGCGCAUGGCCCGGCUGCCGGGCCUGGUGGUGCUGCUGCUGCUGCUACCCAGCGUGGCGCGCGGCCAGGAGGAGCCGAGCACCGACUGGAGGGACGCCCUGAAGACCCUCCGCGACGGCGUGCACAAGAUCGACACGUACCUGAGCGCGGCGCUCGAUCUGCUGGGCGGCGGGGACGGACAGUGCGUGCACAGGUGCGGCGACGGAUCCAAGCCUGUCCCCCGAUAUGGGUAUAAGCCUUCCCCACCGAAUGGAUGUGGCUCUCCACUGUUUGGUGUUCAGCUGAACAUCGGGAUCCCGUCGCUGACCAGGUGCUGCAACCAGCACGACCUGUGCUACGAGACCUGUGGCAAGGCCAAGAGUGACUGUGACGAGGAGUUCCAGUUCUGCCUGGCCAGAAUCUGCCGCGACGCACAGAGGACCCUGGGGCUGGCCCAGCACGUGCAGGCCUGCGAGAGCACCGUGGAGCUACUGCUGGACAGCGUCCUGCACCUGGGCUGCAGGCCCUACCUGGACAGCCAGCGUGCCGCCUGCUGGUGCCGCCACGAGCAGAGGAGCGACCUCUGAGCCUGGGAUUGGACCCGCCAGCGCCCGCCUUCAGCUGUGAUGGGGUCGAGUUUUGCACAGACACCGCUUGCUGCUCCGUUUCCACAGCCAGACAAUCGACCCAGGAACAGAGCCAGGCCAGAGCCAUAGGAGGGCAGGGAGGGCCCUGUGUACCACCGUGUACUGCUGUGCACACGGCCGACCCAGGUUCAGUCCCCAGCGCCCCAUAUGGUCCCUUGGGACCCUCUAGAGAAUACCCCCGAGCAUAGAGCCAGAAGUAACCCCUGAGCACAGAGCUGGGAGUAACCCCUGAGCACAGAACUGGGAGUAAUCUCUGAGCACAGGGCCGGGAGUAAGCCCUGAGCACAGAGCCGGGAGUCAGCCCUGAGCACAGAGACAGGAGUCACCCCUGAGCACAGAGACAGGAGUCACCCCUGAGCACAGAGUAGGAGUAACCCUUGAGCACAGAGCCGGGAGUAACCUCUGAGCACAGAGCUGGGAGUCAGCCCUGAGCACGGCCAAGUUGUGGCCCCUCAAUGAAAACAAAGGUCAAACUUGAAAUUCCUUGUAAGUUAUGUUCUAUAUGAUCUUAGUUGGAGUUACAGGAAUUCCUUGCGGAGAAGUAAAUCAUAUACAUUUUUAAACAUACCUUUAUGCUUAGAGGACUCUUCUGUCUCCGUGUUUUAAUUAACACAUAAUUAUUUCCCGUAACCCACUGAGAAUGAGUUAGGUCUCAUUUCCGUUAAUAACGGACUUGGGCACAGGUAAAGGUGUUGUGACUCUUGCACAAUUGGAACCAUCAGCUGAUAACCUCGGGGAGCGAAUCCAGGAGAUGUGGGUGUUAUGUGAUGUGCCUGGGAGGGGCAGAUGGACAGGUGGACAGUGUGCAGAAGCAGGGACACGUCCAUUUUUCAGGUGACAUGUCACGUCGGACUGUGAGCUUUCCCUGUCUUGUAUAAAAGGUGAAUAUGUUAUUUUCAUCCGCAUCACGUGUCACUGUUGUUGACUUCGGUUCCUUAUCAUGAUGAGUGUUCUUCACAGCCAGUUUGGGGAUAUUUUAAAACACUAAACUUUUCCUAAUAGCAGUCUUAAUAAAAAUGGUUCUUGA